GUUGUGAUAAAAAUCUGGCUAUAUUGUUGGUCCCAGUAUCAUACACUGUAUUAUACUGUAACUAAUGACUAUAAUUAUAAUCUAUUGUCAAUAGUAUUGAUAUUAAUUAAAUCAUAAUAUCAAGAUCAUGGAUAGUAUCAGGAAAUUGGUCAACAAUAAUAGAAUAAUUUUUUUACAAACGAUGGACACUUUCCUUUUUAUUAAUGCAUUUCCAGGUCUUCAUCCAUCAAAAAGACUGCUAGAUGGAGUUAACUGCUUACACAUUCACCAACAGAUAAGUUAUUGCUAAUGCCUUAGGCCAAGACAGAAUUGAACGCUCGUUUAAACGCUACAGGUGAUUCUAAUGCCAAUUCUUAUCUUCUUGAUGCCAUGUUGAAAGUGGACGAUUUUCCUGAAAAGUUCAUUAAGUUUUGUGAUGACCAUGACUGCUGCACUAAUCUUAGAAAUCUUAUAUCGGAAGAAAUGCACAGAAUUUCAUCAAGACUGAAUUCUACAUCUGCUCAUACAUGCUCAUUUAAUUCAAGAAAAAUUUCUAGUGAAGCUUCUAAUGGAGAGCACACUCAAGCCACUAUGGCCAUUCCUAGACAUAGUGAACAGGAAAAUAAUUUAAAUCAGAAUGAAAUAGCUUGUGAAAUGAAUUUAGAUGCUGAACGCAAUAUGAAGGAAGAACUAACAAUGCCUAGCUAUAAUGAAGCUCUUGUCCUUCAGGAGAAGGAUCAUAAUAAACUAAAUGAAGAAGCUCCAUGCACUUUGAUGGCAGGUUUAAAUAAUAACAGCCAAGGUGCUAAUAAACCUUCAAUGCUUGAUAAGGAACUCUGUGAUUUAACAAGUGCCGGUAGUCAAGGUUCUGAUGAUUCAUAUUAUUUGACAGACUCUGACACAACUGACUGUGUUGAACCAAACCAUGAAAUUGAUAGCCUCAAAGAAACUGUCCCAAAAAAUAUAUCUGAAUGUGAUGAUGACACCCAAUACAUGUCAACAUUAAAUGUUUCAGAAAAAGGGAACAAUUCUAAAAUUAAUACUGCCAUUGCUGCUGGAAAACUGACAAAUGAUGAUGCUUUAUCCAGUGGCAUCCACGGGGAAGGUCUAGAGAAAGAAAAGCAAUCUAUGGCUGUUCUCAAUAUUUCCAAUAGCUCAGCAGAAGAUGGAUCAAAUAACAACUGUUCACUAUCUGUGAUGUCUGAAAAGCUGGAGCCAUGUUCACAAACGGAAGUGAAACAACUGUUUGAUGGACACUGUGAAGAAAAAGAAUGUUUAGAUGAUUUUUCCACAUUUACAGAUUCUAUACUUGGUGAUUUCCCAGAAAUUCUUAAAGAGACUUGUGAAGAACCACAGAUCAGCUUGAAUUCUGUUCAAGGCUUUAGUGGUACACCAGAUGUAUCUGAGAGAAGUGAAGCUGCUGCUUCUUCUGGUUCAGCCAUUUCUCAGGAUGAAGCUCCAUUUCCACUAUCUAUGAAGCAUGAAGCUUCUAUAGUUUUAAAUGUCUUUAAAAAUAUGGGACAUUGUAUACUCCAACACAUGGUCAACAGUUUUGAAUGAAGUUAUUUAUGCUAAAGUAUACCUUAUACUUUACUAUGCAAUACAGAAGGAAAACCAAUCUUUGAAUGUAAUGCAUAGUUAUGGUGGGAAAAAAAGCACUUGUUUUUUCUUGGAACAGGUAAGAUAUUUUUAAGCCGUCAUAUGAUCCUGAGAAAUGUACUGCAACUACACCUUAGUUCUGGCUUCUACCUUCAUCAUGGCACUCAUGUAUCUUAGCUUUUCUUCCUUCACCUCCAUGGUGGUCUUGGUCUGUCCAGUUUCUUUCUGUAUUUGUGACUUUUAUUCUUGUGCCAGUCUUAGAAUGUUUUAUACUUUGUAAAGUGAGUGCUAUGGCAGCAUCUCUUGUGAGAAUUGUAUUAGUUAUCAAUUGGUUGGUAGAAACUAGGUUAAAUUCGAAGAAUUUUUUUUUUAUUAUGAUUAGAUCAUUCUUAUUUUUGGAGAGAGGGUCUUGAACUUGUAGGAGAUGUAGUUUUUUUUUUGUCUGUAUUCAAAAUACACAAACCAUUUUUUCACUAUAUUAUCCGCCUAAAUAUUUAUAACAACAUUCUCGUACCUACCGAUGCAAAAAAUGAUUCAGUAAAGGUUUUGUUUAUUACAAGAAUAAAAUUGCGAACUAAAAGAAGUAACAGUCCUACCUAAAAAAAAAAAAAAAGUUCCCCCUUUAGACCUUGUGAUCAAUAGGGCAGAUGAUGCAAACGUCAACAAGGACUUUGUUCUAAUUCAACUAGUCUAGCACAGCCAUGGAGGUGAUGCUGCCCAACUUCUGGCUGCCUCAAUUUUAGCUACAAUAAAAAAAAGAGGGCUGAUUUAUAUAUAUAUAUAUAUAUAUAUAUAUAUAUAUAUAUAUAUAUAUAUAUAUAUAUAUAUAUAUAUAUAUAUAUAUAUAUCCUAUUUUGUAUCUUGAACAAUGUUCUACAUGGAAUUUAGGCAGCCAUGCAUGGAAAGAUUCUGAAGAAAGAUGGUACCCGGUAUCUAUAAAGUAAUUUGGCAUAGUAGAUAUCAAAUGCAAGGAGCUCCUCCAUAAUCUGAGCCUAGGUCAACUCUAUCCUUCUAUGAGAAUACCAAAACUACAUAGUUGCACCUGAUCAGGCAGAAACAUUUUUUAUGGGAUUCGGGAGAAAAUGACAACAAAAGAGAUUAACUACUCAGUAAUCAAUUGAGCAGUGAAAUAAAAAACUCUACAUUGAUGGUACUUUUUGAAUUUCUUUUCACAAAUGUACAUUAUCAGAAAGAUGGUGCAUUGUCCUAACUGUCCUAUAUGCUCUGCUGUCAGAGAAGAUGAAACUUAUUGGCUUGUGUUUGAAGCAGUAAAAAAAAAGUUGUGGCUAUAUCGGAAGCCUUAUCUAUUCUAUUGACUUUGAGCAAGCAGUCACUGGACUAGAAAUCUUCAAUCAACAUGUCUAUUGUGUGCAAUACAUGGCCUGUCUGUUUCACCUGACAAAAAUAAUAUGGGUGAGAAAUAGGCAGAUAAAAAUUGUCUAGCGAGAUUCAACAAUAAUCUGAAGUUUGCUUUGGCAAUUGGGAGGAUAGCUGCUUUCUAUCUUGGACUUAGAUUUGGCUGUAGAAACACUGGCUAAUGAAUUACCUGAAGACCUUACUCCAAUCAUUUACUGGAAGAUCUUUAUAACAGACAUCUUUAUCAUGGUAGAACUGUUUCCUCCUCUUAUGUGGUCUGUAUAUCAAAGAACAUUAUAAUUUGUACCUAUUUGUAGAUUAUGAUUUCACUUUGUUUUUAAAUAAAUACAAGAAUGGAUUAAUGAAAAUGGUGAAAAACAUAAUACAUGUAUAAAUAGGCCAAUUUGGUUAAUUAAGGAACAACAUAAAAGCAAAGUACAUUAUGGUGUCAUGUGACAUAACAAUAAUUACACAACAAAUAGACAACAAUAACUAUUGUUCUCAUUCAUAUUCCAUAUAGUAACACUUUUGUAUCAUUUCUUUUAAAGGCAUAAUAUAAUGAAAAUUUUGUACCAAAAACUAAGGUGGUGCCAACUGGCAUGCUUUGCUUUUUGUUAAUGGAGUAACCUGCAUAGGACCAGUCUUGUUUUUUUUGUUUUAAGUCCUGGACAUAAUGAUUUUCUAAGAUUUUUUGUAAAUAAUCAUUUAGUGUACUUGAUUUGUUGCAACAAUAUUAUAAAUAAUAAUUAUAUUAUUAAAUAUUGGUAUUGGGUUAAAUAUGUUUUUUAUUUUGCUGUGUCCUCCAAUCAUUUGUAACUAACCCUAACUUGACUUGUUGAUUUAUUAUUUCUAUGUUAGAACACACAAAAUGCCAUUGUUAAGAAUCUGGCAUCACUUUUUUUUUAACUGCCUCUAUUCUUGCAAUGUAACUUCAGACAUAAUUGUUAUUGGUCAUGUGAUAAAUAACAAAAUAUUAAAGUUAUGCUUCCAAAACAAUUCAGUAUUUGAACAGUACAGUAUUGAGUUUCAUGACAAAAUGAUACAUUUGUAAGCAGUGAAUUAGUUGUGUGUGGAGAGGCCUUGAAAGGCAAAAAUAAAAAUUGUUACAAGUACUUUGCAUUUACUGAACAAUAUAUGAUAUGUUUGUGAUAUUUUGUUUUAUUUAUUGUGCCAUUUAAAGAACUCAGUUUAUUGAUUCAUUACAUUAAAAACUAAAAACCAUGUUAAAUUAAGACCUUGUGAAAGGCUUUAUUCUUGUAAAAAAUGUACAUUAAGUGUACAGAAGCAUGAAGCACACAAAGAUGACAAUCAACAGUUCAAAGUACAAAACAUGAACUCAAUACUGACACAAAUACAAGUAUAAACUGCUCAUAGAUGUUAAAUAAUCAAUACCAUGUUUUGAACCCAAUUUAAGAAUUAAUUUUUUUUGUUUGUUUUUCAAAUUGACUGAUUGACAUACUUUUAUUUAAAUUCUGCAUAAAACGUUGUAAUAUUCCAUUUGUUAUUUAGAUGGUUCAAAACGUUUAAUAACUUAGUCAUUUUAUUUCAUAACUUAUAGUCUUUUCGUCACAUCUAAAUUAAAAAAAAAAAAAGGAAAAUGUGAGUUUUUAGACAUUGCCUAGGUCAAAUCGUGACUGGCCAAGUCCAUCAUCUGUGAUAGUCUUUAGUAUUCUCUCCAAAACGUUUUUUUAUUGUUAGAACUAGAUAACUACAGUAUCUAGGAGUCUUCACUUUAACUUGAUCUUGCAUUACCCCCCCCCCUUUUUUUUUUCCUUUUAAAGAAAUUAAAUAGGGAACUAGUUCCAUGGGCUGCUGUCAGACUGAUUUUAAAAAGAUGGUCAGAUAUACAUACAUAUGUAGGCCAAGCCUAGUCUACUAUAGUGUGUAAUCAACGCUUCUAACGUCGCAUGGAAACGUGGUGAAAAUCUGUUUUGGAUGCGCUGGAAAAUUACGCUAUAAAAACAUCAAUUACUAAGUUAUUUUUAUAAAUAAAAACAUUAUAAUAUAGUCAUUAUCUGUAAAUCAAAACACGUAUAUAUCACAAAUUGUCAAAACCAUUAUUUGAUUACCUGUAGUUGAAGUUACUUUGAUAAAUUCCGAUCAUUAAAACAUCAAAUCAAAA